AUGAGUAAAUCCAAUGAAUAUACCGAAGACGUUUCAUUGGAGGCCAUGAAAAACAUUAAUCCUGUAUUAUUUGAUCUGAUUGUGUGUAACAGUACGAGGGGGUCUAGGAUUUCGGAAUUGAAAAAACUUCUUAAUUAUGAUACUAGUAGGACUUCAUCAGCACCUAAAUAUAUUGAAAAAUCACCCCUUACUCAUCGUACUAUGGAAAGAAAGAGAAAAGCUGAAGGAAAACUACCCGAAUUAAAGCUUGAUGAUAGUGGCACUUUCAUAACGGGGAUACAAAACAAUGAAUCAAAGAGUAAAUCAAAAGACAGGAGUGUUAGUUGUAAUGAUCAAUUGAGGGAAUCUUUGAUGAGGGAAAUAACUCCUCCUUUCAAGGCUAGGAAAACAAGUAAAACAUCAGAGGAUACAAGGAGAAAACCAACACAGGAUGUUAUUGAAAUUGCAAUGUCUAACUAUACGGAACAGGAAAAUAUCAAACUAACUAAAUUGAUGAACAUUUAUGACAAGAAGCAAAUAUCAGAAAUUAGAGCAAGUCCUGCUCUUGUAAAUAUUUUGAGAUAUAUCGAGGAAGCCAAGACACCUAGGGAUAGGAGUUUGUUUUGGGAGGAUUAUGAAUACAUUCAGAAAAUGAUUGUGGAAGAAAGGGAACCAUUCUCAACCAAGAAGGAGAAGGAAAAGAAGUUGACAACAACUAAGAAAAUCAUUCCAAAGAAAACUGUAAAUUUUAAAGAGCAUACUCUAGAACCAAUUAAUAUGUUUGAAAGAGAUUUACCAAAAGCACUUCGACAGAGAAUUACUGAAAUUAAAAACAACCCUGCCUUUAUGACAAAACUGGAAGAAAUUAAAAGAAGUAAGAAGAAAAAUUUACCAAUUAUUCAAGAGGAGGAACAUAAUGAUGAUCAUGAUUCGAGAGGGGAUGAAGGAUUGGAGGAAGGAGCUGAAGAUAUUCCAUUCCUGGGUCCUAUUGGAAAUAACGAGAUUUCAAAUAUUAUUUUACUGUUAUUGAAAAAGGAAAGAACUAUUCAGUUGUUUGAUACAGACACGAGGAAUGAUUUUUAUGUGUUUUUGGAUCAAAGUAGACUCCAUUUUUGGCAAUCCUUGGUUCUAAGGUCGAAUUUUGUUCAGAAUUUGCAUUCCAAGUUCAAAUCAAACAGAGAACUCGGUAACACGAAACAAACGGAAGCUCAAAAACCAAAAGAAUUGGAAAAAUUCUCUAGAAAGUAUGUAAUAUUUCAAUCUUGA